GCAAGCUCUGUAGGAGCUGUUGCCAGUUCGAAACGGAGCGGAUAGGUGGGACCAGAGACAGAGGAAAAUAAGUGGCAGUUCCAGUUUGGAAGUAUUUCGUGGCCCUGUGGCGAGACCAGCGUUCCGGUAGUUAAAACGUUUUAAAAGGGUCAAACGUUUGUUGAUUGUCAUUGUCUCCGGAACAAGUGUCACUUGCAACAGACGGUUCUGUUGCAUCGUUUUCACGGCAGGUGACCCCCACCCCUUCGCCAAAAUCCGUCUAUUAGAUGUGACGGCGAGGUUGAUCAGGAGAAGCCAUCAUGUCUUAAAUACAGACGGGCCCUCUGGAGCCCUGUCCCCCUACCCCAGCCCCCCUUCCCCUGCCCCCUCCUUCAUCCACCACCUGACCCCCUCUCCAAGCCCCAUCCAACUCCCAGACCUAUCUGCACAUGUGAGAGACCGGCUUCCCAACCCUGGCUCCCCAGUGGCACACCCCUCACCUCCCUCCGGAGAGAUGAGCUUGAAGAAGCACCAGCAGCUGGGUCAUGGGAGCGGUGGAGUGAUGGGUUCUGACCGGGACCUGCAGUCCACCGCCUCAUCCAUCUCCCUGCCCUCUGUGAAGAAGGCCCCCAAGAAAAGACGCCUCUCCCUGGCCUCUCUUUUCAGAAGACGGGGACGGGAGUCCAAAUCAGGGCGUCAAAGGUCCCGAGAACUCCAGCAUCCAGGACCCGGAGGGCUAACAGGAGUGGAUGGUAUCGCCAGCAUCGAGAGCAUCCACUCUGAGAUGUGUAAUGACAAGAACUCUAGCUUCUUCUCUGUGGCUGGGACCGGAGCUGCCUCUGUCGCUGCUGCCUCCACCUCUUCUGCCUCAGGGCCUUCUUCCUCUACCUCCUCCUCCUCCAAGGCAGGGGCUGGAGUGGGGUCAGAGCUACUGGAGUGCCCACUGUGCCUUCUGCGUCACUCCAGGGAGAGCUUCCCUGACAUCAUGACCUGUCACCACCGCUCCUGCAUCGAUUGCCUGCGCCAGUAUCUUCGUAUUGAGAUCUCAGAGUCACGUGUCAACAUUAGCUGCCCAGAGUGCUCGGAGCGCUUCAACCCGCACGAUAUCUGCAUGAUCCUGGGGGAUCGUGUGCUCAUGGAGAAAUAUGAGGAGUUCAUGCUGAGGAGGUGGCUGGUUGCUGACCCUGACUGCCGCUGGUGCCCCGCGCCAGACUGUGGAUAUGCAGUAAUAGCCUUUGGGUGUGCCAGCUGUCCAAAGAUCACGUGUGGCAGAGAGGGCUGUGGUACUGAGUUCUGUUACCACUGUAAGCAGCUGUGGCAUCCCAACCAGACCUGUGAUGCAGCACGUCAGCAGAGAGCCCAGAGCCUCCGCUUGAGAACCGUGCGUUCGUCCUCCCUCAGCUACAGUCAGGAGAGUGGAGCUGCAGCUGAUGACAUCAAACCAUGUCCCCGCUGUGCCGCUUACAUCAUCAAGAUGAAUGAUGGCAGCUGUAAUCACAUGACCUGCGCGGUCUGUGGCUGUGAGUUCUGUUGGCUCUGCAUGAAGGAGAUUUCAGACUUGCACUACUUGAGUCCAUCAGGCUGUACUUUCUGGGGGAAGAAGCCGUGGAGCAGGAAGAAGAAGAUUCUUUGGCAACUGGGAACACUUGUUGGUGCACCUGUUGGCAUCGCACUCAUUGCUGGCAUUGCGAUCCCUGCUAUGAUUAUCGGCAUCCCUGUAUACGUAGGAAGGAAGAUCCACAACCGUUAUGAAGGCAAAGAUAUUUCCAACCACAAGAAGAACCUGGUGAUUGCUGGGGGAGUGACCCUCUCGGUCAUCGUGUCCCCGGUGGUGGCUGCAGUCACUGUUGGCAUCGGCGUUCCCAUCAUGCUUGCGUACGUCUACGGGGUGGUGCCCAUCUCUCUGUGCCGUAGUGGAGGUUGUGGUGUUUCAGCUGGGAAUGGAAAAGGCGUUCGCAUCGAGUUUGAUGACGAGAAUGACAUGAACGUCGGCAGUGGGGCAGCUGCUACGGAUACGACAUCAGUGGCAGACACCAGGAAUAAUCCCAGUAUAGGUGAGGGCAGUGUUGGGGGGAUGACUGGCAGCCUUAGUGCCAGCGGCAGCCACAUGGACCGUCUGGGAGCCACCAGGGACAACCUGAGUGAGACGGCCUCUACUAUGGCCCUGGCUGGAGCUAGCAUCACCGGCAGCCUCUCUGGCAGUGUCAUGGUCAACUACCUGAACAGGCUGGAGGUGCAGGCUGAUGUACAGAAGGAGCGCUGCAGUCUCAGUGGGGAGUCUGGUACGGUCAGCCUGGGAACAAUCAGUGACAACGCUAGCACCAAAGCAAUGGCUGGAUCCAUUCUCAAUGCCUACAUGCCUCUUGACAGAGAUGGAAACAGUAUGGAAGUCCAGGUCGACAUUGAGUCCAAACCCAGCAAACGGCGGCAUGACAGCGGAAGCAGCAGUGUAGACGAUGGCAGCCAUGCCGGCCGCUGUGGCUGGGCAUGUCCCUCCAACGGCUUCACGUCCUCAGAGGGCAAAGGAACCUCCACUAAGUGGGCCAAAGAGGCCUCGUGCUCCUCCUCCUCCAGCUCAGGGGGCAAAAAGAGUAAAGGCAAGCUGCGUAAGAAAGGAGGCGGAAGUACCAAGAUCAACGAGACCCGGGAGGACAUGGAUGCUCAGCUCCUAGAACAGCGCAGCACCAACUCCUCUGAGUUUGACUCUCCUUCGCUGAGCGGCAGCCUGCCAUCUGUGGCCGACUCCCAUUCCAGCCAUUUCUCCGAGUUCAGCUGCUCCGAUCUGGAAAGCAUGAAGACGUCCUGCAGCCAUGGCUCUAACGGAGGCGACUACCACAUGCGCUUCGCCACCGUCAGCCCCCUCCCCGAGGUGGAGAACGACCGGCUGGAGACGUGCCCCUCACCUUCAUCAUCCUCCUCCCAGGGGCAAGGAGCCGCCACCACUCCCCACUCUCCCACCUCCACCGCCUCCUCGCUGGGUAACGGCACAGAGCUGUCGCCGCUCUGCUUCAUCACAGAGGAGAACCUGCCGUGUCCAUCUGAGCUGGACUCUGACAGCAACACCAGAGAACUCCUGAAAGAAACCAACAACAACCACCAACCACACGCCCCACCGCAAACCCAGCAGCAGUCCAAGAACUCCUGUAUACAGACUGAUAUUUAAAAUGUCAAUACCUUAAGUGCUGCACAGACAUCUUAUGUAACAUCCUUUCCUCUAAACUAACAGUUCCUGCUUUCAGUUUAUCUGCAUUUUUUUGGUUAUUCUCUGGUAAAGCGUAGAGUAAAACAGCUCUCUGUCCACUGACUGAGGGGGUUUUUGGAAAUACUAAAAGGUUUCUAAAUCACAGCCAUGAGAGAAACGUUAAGAUCGUUCAUUCUUUUUUUCUGUGUGUGUGUGUGUGUGUGUGUGACCCGCAGACUGCUGACAGUGACUCAUCACUUUAACCAGGACGCAGCCCACUGAUUCGCCACCCGCUGCAUAUUGAUCUCUGUAGGUUGAAAUAAAACCACUGUGCCAGUUGUGCUAGUGUUUGAUUAUUUGCUUUAUGAUAUGGAUGCAACUCCAUGCAGGAAUCUUUAAUCUCAAACAGGGACCAGGCAGUAUGAUUCACCAUUUCCUCAAACUAACAGGGAACCUUUGUGUUCUAGUUUGUAUUUAUUCUGUUUUUAUUUUUCUCCUGGAUGUAAAAGUUUGAGGGCUGGGCUGAAUAUCCUGAAUUAUGUUAGCACUAAAACUGACCCAUAACAAAAGAUCUUCAGAUGGAUGCACAUGUAGCUGUAGCCCCGCUGUGGGAGAUGGUGCUUGACAGCUUCUUUUUUAGCAGCCCGGCUUGACACCUGUAGCUUAAAACUCUCAAGCGUGUCUUUUUUAGUGCUAAGAUGACUGAAAGCCUGGGUGUAAUUUGUAAAAUGAUAUUUGGGGCAGGGGGGUUGUUGACAGUUGUUUAUGAGAAACGGUCUCUGGAAGGCCUUUGUUGUCCAGAUGAUGCUGAAAGUCAUUGUUAUAAUGUUAAGUGGGUCAAUUCUGUGAAAUUGUAAAGAGAAGUCGUCCUGUUCUGUGAUUUAUUCAGGAUGGCUUCGCCUCGCUGAGUAAAAGAGAGCUUUGUUAACUCAUGGUGCCUUCAAGAAGAUGUUUGUUUUGUUUGUCACUCUCCACUGUGUCUUCUAAAUCCUAAACAAGAACUCAUAGAUGGCAGAAUGUUAGUCUUUGUUGAAGGGAUGCUUCUUCACACGUAGAACAUACUGUGGUACAUCUGGUAAAUGAAGACUUUUUCAAUUGCCUUCCAAAGACAGCUAUCAGGCUUUUGUUAAAUCUUAUCUCUUUCACCUGUUGGCUGUAGACACGGCAUCGUGCAUCCUUUUUUUACACCGCAGGGUUGAAUGAAGUCCAGACGCAGGCUCACCCAGACUGCUGUUUCUGCACAUGCUUCACAAAAUGCAAAUAACCGAGGCUGCACAGCGGCUCGAGGCACCUGCACUGUUACCUGUAUUCUUUUCAUAUUGCAUUGAUGUACAAUGCACAAUGGUUACUAGGGUUUGUUGGGGUUUUACCUCCCGUCUGACGCGUCUUGUGGUUCUUGUUUCUGUUGCCAACGGUGCUGCUGAGCAGACUUGAACUCAUUUUCUUCUUAAUUUCAGUGUUUGCUGAAGGUGAACCUCUACCAGCAAUGUUUUCUUUUUUUGUUACUCAAUGAACACUUAGUUUGGUUCUGUGGAUACGGCCUCAUGCUGCAGUUCUCCCAGCAUUACAGCAACACAUUUUGUUCUUUUUAGUUCUGCUUCUCUUCAACUAAAUUCCAGUUUCUUGGUUCUGAUUUAAACACUAGUGCCAGAUAUGAUCUGUAUUUUGUGCAGACUAGCAUAUGUUAUUUGUAUAUUUGUUUGGUAAUUUGCUUUACUAUAUGUGUGUAAAUGCAUAUCAAAAAAAUAAAAAAAUAUGUAUGAA